CUUCUCCCAACCCGAAGAACCAAACACCAGAACCCCACACUGUUCCUCCGUUCUUUGAUGCCCAGGUCACCCUCGUGCCCUCAUCAAUGCCAUCUGCCUUGCUGCCCUUAUCAACAACUCCGGAAGGUGUAGCCACCGGCGACGCAUCCUCCUUGGUUCUUAGAAAUUGUGCCCCAAUUAUGAUGGAGAAGGCAGAUUCUGGGAAAAAGCUAUAUACGCGGAUGCGGCUCUGGGAAUUUCCAGAUCAGUUUAUUGUUGAGCCUACUGAUGGUUCUCCUGGUUCUUGUUUGGCAAUCAGUAGGGUGGAUGGAUCAAUGAUUCUAAUUGAUGAACCUCCAGAGUGCAUUUCUGUUCGAGUUCCCAGGAUUUGGACAAUUUUUGGUGUCAUAGGAAUACUCAAACUCUUAGCAGGGUCAUAUUUAUUAGUUAUAAUGGAGCGUGAAUGUGUUGGUUCGUAUUUGGGCCAUCCAAUCUUCAAGCUUUCAUCCUUAAAGAUUUUCCCAUGUGAUCAUUCUCUCAAAAAUUCGCCUGCAGAACAGAAAAAGAUGGAGACUGAGUUUUCUGUGCUGCUAAAUGCUGCAGAGAGGACUUCUGGUCUGUAUUUCUCAUACGACACCAAUUUGACAUUGAGUGCACAAAGAUUGCAUGACUUGGGUGAUGAAUCAAAGCUGCUUCCUCUUUGGAGACAGGCAGAACCUAGGUUUCUCUGGAACAAUUAUAUGAUGGAAGUGCUUAUAGAUAACAAGCUGGAUCCAUACUUACUUCCCGUUGUUCAAGGAAGUUUUCAGCACUUCCAAGCAGCCAUUGGCAAAGAUAUUAUUGAUGUAACUCUAAUUGCACGUAGAUGCACAAGGAGAACUGGUACUCGGAUGUGGAGGAGAGGAGCUGAUUCUGAUGGAUAUGUUGCAAAUUUUGUGGAAAGUGAGCAAAUUGUACAGUUGAAUGGUUUUACAGCAUCAUUUGUUCAGGUUCGAGGGUCAAUUCCAUUACUAUGGGAGCAAAUAGUUGAUUUGACAUAUAAACCAAAGUUUGAGAUUUUGAGGCUUGAGGAAGCACCUCGAGUGGCUGAGCGACAUUUUCUGGAUUUAAGAAAAAAAUACGGGACAGUCUUAGCCGUUGAUCUUGUCAAUAAGCAUGGAGGUGAGGGACGCUUAAGUGAAAAAUUUGCUAAUGCAAUGCAGCAUCUAAUCAAUGAUGAUGUAAGAUAUCUGCAUUUCGAUUUUCAUCGGAUUUGUGGGCACGUUCAUUUUGAGCGCCUCUCUAUUUUAUAUGAACAAAUUGCAGAUUUCCUUGAGAAAAAUGGGUAUCUUCUGUUGAAUGAAAAAGGUGAGAAAAUGAAGGAGCAACUUGGGGUUGUAAGGACCAAUUGUAUCGAUUGCUUAGACCGUACUAACGUUACACAGAGCAUGAUUGCUCGAAACAUGUUGGAAUGGCAACUUAGAAGGAUUGGUGUUUUUGGUGCUGAAGAAACAAUCAGCGCACAUCCGAAUUUUGAUGAGAACUUCAAAAUAUUGUGGGCCAAUCAUGGGGAUGAGAUAAGCAUUCAAUAUUCUGGAACUCCUGCUCUGAAAGGAGAUUUUGUCAGAUGCGGUCAACGGACAAUUCAAGGGAUCCUCAAAGAUGGUUGGAAUGCCCUAUUACGCUAUUACCUGAACAAUUUUUAUGAUGGGACGAAACAGGAUGCGAUUGAUCUCUUGCAAGGACAUUUCAUUGUUUCUGUCAACCGAGGCAUGAACCCUCCAUCUCAAAAGGAAGGCCUUGAGGCUCUAGCUUCCCUUCCAGUGGCCUUAUCAUUGGUAUUGACCGGGUUCUUUCUUGCAAGCAUGUCACUGAGGCAAGCUCGAACUGAUAUUCGGCACUUGUUCUUUUCGAUCAUUUGGGCGAGCCUGAGUGUGGCAAUAGGAGUAUUUGUUAAAGCCAAUGGUCGGAUUUUCUGCAAUCGGCCUCGUCUGCACAAGCCUCGCCGUUGAUUUUGGGUGUGGAAUGCUCUGGCAAUUGUGGGAUACGCUUUGAAUUUUUUGCUUGCUCAUGAUUAUAUUUAUUCUUUGAUAUUAUUUUUGUAGAACGCGUAGGUUUCAACUCAAUCUUAAAUCGUGGAUUGUUCAUGUUCAAGUAGCAGUAUAUUGAUUUCAUAUUGUGAUGGAUUUUCUUAAAAAAUUCAAGCUCCAGAUGUACCUUAGGUGGCCGAAAUUUCAAAAGGCUACAUUAAGAUUGUGCAAUUUUCGAAUAAAAAUCAUUCAUUUGGACA